AUGGCGAUCUGGUAUUCCUUAGGAAUCGCGUUCUUCGCUGCCAUCGGCACUUUCUUGUUUGGCUUUGAUACCGGCAUUGCUACGACCACAAUCGCCCAUGAAAGCUGGGUCAAGUAUAUGAACAACCCCUCCGAGGGACUCACCGGCGCUGUGGUUGCAGUCUACAUCGCGGGCGAGGCAGUAGGCGCCUUAACACAGACAUUAAUUGGCGACAAACUCGGCCGCAUCCGAUUCAUGCAACUGAUGUGUAUAAUUGUGACCAUCGGCACAAUCAUCCAAACCGCCUCCGUCAAUAUCGGCAUGUUCCUGGCAGGCCGUUUCCUAGCCGGCUACGCCGUCGGUGGACUCGUCGCAACAGUCCCGAUCUACCUCAGCGAAAUCUCCGACCCCCGCUACCGCGGUCUAAUCGGCGGUAUCUCGGGCUGCGGCAUCUCCUUCGGCACGAUGGCGUCCAACUGGGUCGGUUUCGCAUGCAGCUACGCUCCCUAUGGCCCGGUGCAGUGGCGUCUACCGCUCGGUGUCCAGAUCCCCUGGGGUAUCAUUAUGUUUGCCGGUCUGGCAACGUUUAUGCCCAACUCGCCGCGUCAGUUGAUUCGGAGUGGGAAGAUCGAGCUCGCCCGUAGCGAGUUUACGAGAAUUCGUCGCGGGUUCCAUGAACAUGAGGUGCAGGAGGAAUUUCUGCUUAUGCAGACGCAGAUUGAGUAUGAGAUGGAGAGGGAAAUUACUUCCUUCCGCGAGAUUUUUAAAUUGUUCAGGCAUCGUGUUUUGGUGUCUAUUGCGGUGCAGACUAUGACGAGUUUGACGGGUGUCAAUGUUAUCCAGUAUUACCAGACUAUUCUAUUCAAGUCGCUCGGAAUCGGCUCGCAUAUGAUUCUUGCUCUUGCGGCUGUAUACGGCACUAUUGCAUUUCUGUCCAAUGCCAUCACCACGAAGUACUUGACCGACUCUUGGGGUCGCCGAAAGAUGAUUAUUGCGGGACUGGGUGGCAUCGUUCUCAUUGAGAUCUACGCCGCAGUGAUGCAGCUAGAGUUCCAGAACACAGAUAAUCGAGUCGGCAAGGGAUUCGCCAUUCUGGGAAUCUAUCUCUUUGUCGUUUGCUACUACGGUAUGCUCAACAGUACCACAUGGCUCUACGGUGCCGAGGUGCUACCCAUUGCUCUGCGCAGCAAAGUCAUGGGUCUCGCUGCUGCCUCCCAUUUUAUUGUCAACGUUGGGCUCACCGAAGCUGGACCCAGUGCAUUUGCCACAAUCAAGCAGAACUACUACUAUGUCUUCGUCGGAUGUUCCUUCUUCUUCCUCGUCAUUGCCUACUUCUUUUUCCCGGAAACCAAACAGAAGACACUGGAGGAGGUUGCUGCAUCCUUUGGAGACCGCGUCGUCGUUGCGGACGAGGGACCCAAGGGGACGUCGGUGGUUGGCAAGGCGGAUCACCUCGACUCAGCGUGA